AUGGGUCACAUGUGGGGGUCGAUGGGUUUUCACAAUAUCCGACGGACCACGGAGGACGAAGUACAUCUCGAUCACCAACAUCGGGGACGAUGUGUUGAUCCUAGAUCAAGCCCAACGGAUCGGGAUCUGGCUGGCCGGCGAUCAUGUGCCACAACAUUGGAAGAUAUGGAGUUCGAUGCCCCGCCUGGACCCGCGGUGGAGCGAUCCGAGCUCAAAACACCGCGUGCAAUACUCCAGAGACCGAAGACGACGUUGAUCAAGUGUCGGAAGGUCGAGACGAGUGAUGACAAGAUCUCGCCGUCGGAUACGUCGCCGUCGAACAAAUCGCCGUCGGAGAUUCAACCGUUGGAUCUAGCGUCUGUCGCAAGUGAGGAGUCGGAUCGGUCGUCUAUUGCAGAUGGAGACUCUAUAUCGCAUGUUGUAACGGUCGAGGAGGCGCAAGAUCUCACUGAAGUGGAUCCACAUUGGAUCCAUGCCUACCGAUCGUUCGGUGCGCUUGAAUCCAAGAUCACCACUACUCCGAUCCUGCGGCACUUUGAUCCAGAUCGGCGAGCUACGGUUGUGGUGUAUGGUAGUGACUGGGCCAUCUCAGGAUCGUUGAUGCAGGAAUAUGACAAGAUCUAUCAUCCCGUGAUGUUUGCGACCCGUACUCUGAAAACAAAUGAGUUGAAUUACGGAAUUGCGGGGAAGGAGGUGCUAGUCUUGUUAAGGAUCCUGGAUCUUAACUACAAUGCCUUGGUCGCACGUCUGAUCCAUGGGUUGACCCGACACUCUGGAUCUUCAGAUCUUAGGUCCUACAAGAACGUUUAG